CAGGCCCUGGCUGAGACUCAACACACAGAGGAAAUUUCACCAUAAGCAGGGCACUUUCUAGAUUGCUCCUGGGGUGUGGAGACAGAAAUCUCUGCUAUCCAAAUCAGCAGGAUCCAGCAAAGGAAAUCAUGGUUGUAUAAAGAUGGGGAAAGAAGUCCAGCGAAGGCCCAAGGUAAACGUCUCUUCUUACAUCCAUUUUAUGCUGAAUUUCAGAAACAAAUUCAAGGAGCAACAGCCAAAUACCUACCUUGGCUUUAAAGAAUUCUCUAGAAAAUGUUCAGAAAAAUGGAGAUCCAUCUCAAGGCACGAAAAGGCAAAGUAUGAAGCCCUAGCCAAGCUCGACAAAGCCCGGUACCAGAGAGAAAUGAUGAAUUACAUAGGCAAGAGAAGAAAGAGAAAGAAGGACCCAAAGGCACCGCGGAAGCCCCCAUCAUCCUUCCUGCUCUUCUCCCUGGACCACUACGCCAGGCUGAAGCAAGAAAACCCCAGCUGGACAGUGGUGCAGGUGGCCAAGGCUACCGGGAAGAUGUGGUCCACAACUGCCGAUGUGGACAAAAAAACCUAUGAACAGAAGGCUGCACUUAUGCGAGCAAAGUACCUCGAGGAGAGGGAAGCCUACCGCAACCAAUGCCAAGGCAACAACUCUCUGUAAUUGGCCGAGACCAGUUUGAAACAAUAAAACAUCAUUCAACUGGUUUU